AUGCCGAAGAAAAUUAUUUUGCAAAGCAACGACAACGAGGACUUUGAAGUCGACCGUGAUGUGAUCCGUCUAUCCAACACCUUGAACACUAUGUUCCAGGACUUGGGCAUGGAUGAUCCAGAAAGCGCUGAUUCCCUGAAUGACCCAAUCCCGUUGGCCAAUGUUAACGGUACGAUUUUGAGAAAGGUGAUCCAAUGGUGCCAGUACCACAAAGACGAUCCACCAGCACAGGCCGAUGCUGAUCGUAAAGAGCGUCGUACCGACGACAUCAGCAGCUGGGAUGUUGAAUUCCUGAAGGUCGAUCAAGGCACGUUGUUUGAGCUGAUUUUGGCCGCUAACUACUUGGACGUGCACGGUCUUCUGGAUGUGGCGUGCAAGACUGUAGCCAACAUGAUCAAAGGAAAGUCCCCUGAAGAGAUUCGUCGCACUUUUAACAUCAAAAACGACUUUACCCCGGAGGAGGAGGAACAGAUCCGCAAGGAAAACGCGUGGUGCGACGAUUAA